ACGCGGCAGGAAGCCCGUCCCGAAGCAAGCGCGCGCGAGGCUCGCUCGGCCCGGGGCGCUUAUGGACGGCUUGCCGCCGCCGCCGCCGGUCUACGUGUACGGCGCCGAGUACGUGGCGCGAUGCGACUCCCUGUGCAAGGUCCCGCGGCGGGCCAGCAUGGUGCACGCGCUGGUGGAAGCCUACUCGCUGCUGCAGCACAUGAGGGUCGUCCAGCCGCGCCCCGCCCGCAUGGAGGAGAUGGCGGCCUUCCACACCGACGCCUACCUGCAGCACCUGCAGCAGGUCAGCGAGGACGGCAACGAGGACCACCCGGACUCCGCCGAGUUCGGACUCGGCUACGAUUGCCCGGCCAGCAAGGGCGUCUUCGAGUACGCGGCGGCGGUCGGCGGGGCCACCCUGACGGCGGCGCGGUGCCUGGUGGAGGAGAAGGGCCGGGUGGCCAUCAACUGGGCCGGCGGCUGGCACCACGCCAAGAAGGACGAAGCUUCGGGCUUCUGCUACCUGAACGACGCGGUGCUGGGGAUCCUACAGCUGCGCCGGAGGUUCGACCGGGUUCUCUACGUUGACCUCGACUUACAUCACGGGGACGGUGUCGAAGACGCUUUCAGCUUCACCUCCAAAGUUAUGACGGUAUCCCUGCACAAGUUUGCUCCUGGAUUUUUCCCAGGAACAGGAGAUGUGACAGAGGUGGGCUUGGGGAAGGGGCGCUACUACAGCGUAAAUGUACCCCUUCAGGAUGGCAUCAGGAACGAGACGUACUAUCAGAUCUGCGAGACGGUGCUAAAGGAUGUGCAUGCCGCCUUCCACCCUGAAGCUGUAGUCCUGCAGUUGGGAGCAGAUACAAUUGCGGGGGACCCCAUGUGUGCAUUCAACCUGACCCCAGAGGGGAUCGGCAAGUGCCUGAAUUAUGUGCUGCAAUGGCAGCUGCCGACCCUUAUUCUGGGGGGAGGAGGCUAUCACCUUGCUAACACUGCCCGCUGCUGGACAUACCUGACUGGAGUCAUUCUGGGGAAAACGUUGCCCUCUGAAAUUCCCGAUCACGAGUUCUUCACGGAAUACGGUCCUGACUACGUGCUGGAAAUCACUCCAAGCUGCCGGCCAGACCGGAACGAGCCUCAGCGCAUCCAGGAGCUCCUUGGCUGUGUGAAAGGACACCUGAAACAUGUGACUUAGUGGGAAAGAGGGCUCCCUUCUCUCCAGAGCCACUGCACCAGGGAGCAGCUGUCGAAGAGUCUGCAAAGAAACUGCACGGAAAUGCGAGUCUUUCAGGCUGCGGUCCGGGAGUUGUUUGUGCAGCUUGGAGCAACAGGGUGUUAAAGGAAACCUCCCCCACUCCCCCAGCCUGGACUUCCAGCCUCGUCCCUUGCAGAGGCAGCUCAUUCUGGAAGGAGUGGAAGGCCCCAGCCCUGGGCCUCUUGGACUGGCAGGAGCACAGCAAGAUGAGCCCCCUUUGUUGGUCUUUUUUUAAACAGCUGUUUGCCUUGAAAUAAAAAACUGGAUGACUUUG